CCUGUGUGUAACAGUGUGUACAGUCUGAGUGAUGUCAGACCUGAUCUCAUCUCUGCACCGGGAGCAUCAGACUGGAGAAAGUACAAAAUGAAGUGUGUUUCUGGAUUCCUUUCAAUCAUUAUUGCAUUGUUCAUCUCCUCAACAGGGGCUGAAGAUGUGGUUGUGUAUGGUCAGGUGGGAGAGACGGUCACACUCCCCAGAUCAAAGUGGGGUUCAGAAAAGGUGUUGGUACAAUGGUUCUUUGGAAAGGACACAAAACCUUUGAUAAUCCGCAACUCCCAGGGUCGAGAGACGACAGAUCCAGAGUGGAAACACAGGCUGUCUCUGUCCAAGACGGACUUCUCCCUGAUCAUCAACAAUAUCAGACUGGAGGACUUCAAAUCCUUCAAAUGUGAAUUGAAAGAUUUCAUGCCACAAACAACUACCUCAGUCACAUUCAGACUGUUCCGUGUGAGUGUACAGCCAUUUUCUCCCCUGUUGGCUGGGAAGAAUCUUAAUCUGAAGUGUGACAUAGAGGAAAUAUUUAAGGGGACACAGAGAAGAUGGCUUAGUCCCCAGAAACAGGACCUGAACGAGGACAAGCGUGCCCAGAUCAGAAAUGACGGCAGCCUGACAGUAAUGAGUGUCACUGGCCAAGACCAUGGAGAGUGGACCUGUGUGGUGACAUACCAGGGCAGGGAAGCCUAUGCCAACACCCCUGUUACUGUAAUAGACCUCUCCCCUGCUCAUCCACAGCCUAUCUACACCUCUGUCUCCUCCCUCUCUCUUCUCCAUCUGCCAUGUUUCUUUUCCAUUCCUCCUCCACUAUCCUGGUCAGACAGCCAGGAGAAGAGCAUCCAGGGAGGCCGCUGGACCUUUACCCCAAGCCCAGCGGCAGGCUCCCUCACUGGGGUCGUCCAGACCCUCGCCAACCUCUCCCUGGGCCCUCCAUUAGCCUGGGUGGUCAAUCAGAAGAGAGGGCUGGAUGUCUCCGCCCUGCAGAGGACAAAUCUAAACCUCUCCCUGUCAAAGAAAGGGGUGACGGAGGGGGACAGGGGCGAGUACACCUGCGCUGUGGAAUUCCAGAGGGGGGACAGCCUGAAGAGAAGUAUGCGUGUGGAGGUGCUACAGGUUUUUUCCUCUCCAGCUCCAGUGGCCUUCGUAGGUCAGGAGGUCAACCUCACCUGCACCCUGGGCCACCUCUGACCUCUGACCUCUGACCUGAAAGUGAAAUGGAUCCCACCACGACAAUCCUCCCUCCUCGCUUUAGGCUCCGACCCCGACUCCGCCCAUCUCACCAUACCGGAAGCGAGGGAUAUAAAUGGUGGGAGGUGGAGGUGUGAAUUGUGGAGGAACAAAACCAAGCUGACAUCAGUGGAGAUCACACUGAAGAUCGAGCGAGUCCCCAUGGACGUGUGGCUGUUGGUCACCAUCUGUGGCGCAGCCGUCAUCUUCGUCCUCCUCCUCAUCCUCACUGUCAUUCUCAACCGACGCCACAGACAGCGGGUGACGAUGCCCAGACGUGGCAAACGCAGAAUCUGCCGCUGCAAAGACCCCCAACCAAAAGGAUUCUACAGAAACUAGAGACAUCAUACAGACCGGAAUCCCUGUCAAUGGACAAUGUCUCUACUAUUUUGUCUUAGCUAUUCUCUUCUGACACAAAGAAACACCAAAAGAACAAAAGAAGCAAGGAAGAAGAUGUUUCCACGUGAUGUUUGAUAAUAGAUUUCACAAGUGUAUAUUAUCAUACUUUAUGACCUAUGAUUGAGCUACAAUUGAACAAAUACUGUAUAUAAAUAUGUAUAGCUACUUUUUUUUUUUUUUACUGUACACUGAGUUUACAAAACAUUAAGACCACCUGCUCUUUCCAUGACAUAGACUGACCAGGUGAAUCCAGGUGAAAGCUAUGAUCCCCCUUAUUGACGUCACUUUUCAAAUCCACUGCCAUCAGUGUAGACGAAGGGGAGGAGACGGGUUAAAGAAGCCAGGCCCGUAGGUGCCAGGCUCACCGGUUUGUGUCAAGAACUGCAACGCUGCUGGGUUUUCCACGCUCAACAAUUUCCUGUGUGUAUCGCAGUGGAGGUUCCUCAGAGGACCAAAAUAGAAAUGGUGAAACAUGGAGAAUCAUGUAGUAGCCUAAACCUAUCAACGUUACACUGAGCUGGGUGAAUGGAAUAUGAACGACAGUCAUCCAAUGUGGUGUAAUAGAAAUAAGGCCAUGCUCAUAACAUAAUAAUCAUCCUGCCUCAUCUUUAAACGGCCCCGACCGCCACUGGUAAUCAAGAAUGGUCCACCACCCAAAGGACAUCCAGCCAAAGUUGACACGACCGUGGGAAUCAUUGGAGUCAACAUGGGCCAGCAUCCCUGCGGAGCGCUUUUCGACACCUUGUAGAGUCCAUGUCACGGCAAGUUGAGGCUGUUCUGAGGGGUUGCAACUCAAUAUUCGGAAGGUGUUCCUAAUGUUUGGUAUACUCAGUGGACAUUGCAUAGCGCUUUGUUUUGGAGUCCGUUUUUGACCCAAUGUUUUAAUGAAGAGAAUGGAAUAACAUCUUAAUAGUAUAGUUUCUCCCGGGUUUCAGGUGGUGCGAGCAGACCGCUGAGUGAUCAGGCUCCUUGCAGCAGGCUACAACGUUUUGCUGAAUUGUUUGAAAUAGUAACAGAGAACACACAGGGGUUAUUGUUGUUGUGUUAUAGGACUGUGAAAUAAAGUGUUAGGUUGUA